AUGAAGUCCAACCCACAGUUUGAGCCCGGCCCCUGGGUGGUGUCGACUGUUUACACAGCCCUGGAUGGGGGGCCCCCCUGCUCCGAGGUGCGAAGGCGCCCGCCUCCCCCACUCCUCCGCGCCCACUCCGGGCCGGGAGCGCAGGCGGUGGGGUCGGCCUCGAGCCCCGCCUUCCAGCCCCGGGCCCCCCAGGGCCGCCUCGCAGUGUGCACCCCGCGCGACCGCGGACGCUGCGAGCCCCCGCGUGCGCGCCCCGCAGGCGGGGCCGGCCGCGUGGUGGCCCCGGGCUCCUGCAUCCGGGCCCUGCGGGUGGCCGCGCAGCCCUCUGACCCCGGGACGCCCCCUCCUCGUGCGCGCAGCCCCGGGCUUUGCGGAAUGAAUGAGCCGCGUGGGCGCGGGGAGCCCGGGGGUGCGGGUCCGGCCCCGGCCAGCCUGGGGACCCCGGCCCUGUCCCCACCCCUGCGGGCCGCGAAGUGCGCAGGGGACCAGAAGGGGCCCCGCAGGCCGUGUGGGCUGGCCGCCCUCCGUGCCACCGAGUUCUCCGCCUCCUUCCGGGGCUCGGGGGAGCAGUCCAGGCCCCCGCCCCUUCCACUCCUCCUGCCCAGGACCGAGCGGUUGCCUCCUGGUGGCCAGAGGGCGUCGCCCCCAUCCUGCUGCCCAGCCUUCAGUUUGCCCAUCUUCGAACAAGGAGACAGAGGUGCUGGAGGGCUCAACAUGGCCUGGGGACCCCCGGCUCCGCUGCUGCUGGCGUGGGUGGCCCUAUCCUGUGUGGCAGGUGGCAUCGGUCACUGGGACAGGGCCGUGGGACCUGCAGGUGCUGGCCGCGUGCGGAGGCGAGGCAGCCCCAGUGUCCUGCAGGGGCCCAACGUGUGUGGCUCUCGUUUCCAUGCCUACUGCUGCCCUGGCUGGAGGACGCUGCCCGGUGGGAGCCAGUGUGUCGUGCGUGAGUGCUGGUGCCAUCAGGAAGUCGGGGUGCAGGCAGUGGGUUCUGCCCCAGCUGCCAGCAAACCCAGCCCCUUUUGCUAUCAGCUCCCGGGCACCUCAGACGGGAGGGCACACGGGACUGGUCCAUGCCCUGUCACUCGGGCUGGCCGCUGGGUGAAAAGACUGCUCGGUGCUUGCAGCUUCUGCGGGAGCCCCUGUCACCCACCCCGUCCCUCCACAGCCGUCUGUGACCAUGGCUGCCACGACGGGGGACGCUGCAUUGGGCCCAACCACUGCGCCCGCGUGUGUGGCUUCCUGGGGUCGCAGUGCGAGAGAGACUACCGGACAGGGCCCUGCUUUAGCCAAGGGGGACCCGAGGGGUGCCAGCACCGGCUGACCGGCCUCGUGUGCACCAGAGCGCUCUGCUGUGCCACCGUGGGCCAGGCCUGGGGCCUCCCGUGCGAGCUCUGCCCUCCGCAGCCACACCCCUGCCGCCGAGGCUUCCUUCUUAACAUCCACACGGGGGCCUGUCAAGAUGUGGAUGAGUGCCGGGCCAUCCCGGGGCUGUGCCAGGGGGGCACCUGCGUGAACUCUGUGGGCUCCUUCGAGUGCCGCUGCCCACCCGGACACCGGCUCAGUGCGAGUGGCGUGAUGUGUGAAGAUCUGGACGAGUGUCUCAGUGUCCCGAGCCUGUGCUCCGGGGGCCACUGCACUAACACAGUCGGGAGCUACACGUGCACCUGUCCCCGAGGCUUUGCCAGCAGCCUGGAUGGCACGCGCUGCCUGGAUCUCCGCAGGGGCACCUGCUUCUUGGUGCUCUUUGGGGGUCGCUGUGCUGUGGACCUCCUCGGCCAUUACACCCGCAGGCAGUGUUGCUGCGAUGGGGGCCAGUGCUGGGCGGCUGGCUCAGCCCCAGAGCUGUGUCCCCCCAGGGGCUCGGAUGGAUUCCAGCGGCUGUGUGUCCAGGGGGUUCUGCCUCCGACUGCCCACCUGGGUCCUCUCCCUGCUUUCCCAGGCUUCCAGUCCAGCGGCAGGGGUCCUGCCCUGGGGCCUGCACCACACGGCCCCUACGGAUCCAGUGGGCGUGGGGUCCCCCGCCCAGGCCCUGUUAACUCCCACGUGGGUGAGGCUCGGGACUUGGAAGGGGGACCUCUGGACCGAGGGAGAGGUACAGCCACCCUGAACCAGACGGGCAACGUCUGUCACCACUUCACCGACCUGUGCCCCAACGGCCGCUGCCUGCCCACCCCCUCCAGCUACCGCUGCGAGUGCAAGCCCGGUUACUCCCUGGACGGGCGGGGCGUGUGCAUCGACGUGGACGAGUGUGUCGGUGGCGGCAGUGGCCUCUGCCGCCUGGGCCGCUGCGUCAACACGGAGGGCAGCUUCCGGUGUGUGUGCAGCGUGGGCUUCGAGCUGAGCCCCGACGGCAAGAGCUGCGUGGGUGAGUGGAGACCUCGGCCCUGCGCCCUCACUGUGCCCUCCCUGUGGGGUCUCCCUGCUCCCCUCUCAGCCCCCAGCAUUGCAGCUCGGGUACCAGGGUCCCCUGUCCUCCUCCACGGGGAUUUAUGGGCGGUCAACUGUGUGCUCCUGGGACCAGGGAGGCCGAGACAGCGGGGCUGCGGGCUGGGCGGGUCAGGACCUUGGAGAGCGCCCGGCCUCUGCUCCCGGUGUGCGUGGGCUGGUACCCCAGCGCGGGGGAGGCUCUGCACUGUAGUUUUUUGGUUGUUGUUGGUUUGGUACUGGAAGUCGAGCUCAGGACCUUGUGCUUGCCAGGCAGCUCCUUUGUGGCUGAGCUCCUUCCCUGGCCUGCCUGCUGAAUCCCAGGUGCUCUGCAGCGGUGGGCUGGGCAUCAUCGCGGUGUUCUGGGUACUCGGGACCCAGCCGCUCACACUGCGGCCCGGGGAGGACUGCUGCGGCCCGGGGGAGGACGGCCUGGCAGAGGUGGGCAGUGUCGCUGUGGCUGCCGUGACUGUGAAUCCCAGUCCCACUGGCUUCAGCCUCAGAGACGUGGACGAGUGUGCCCUCAACGCCUCCCUGUGUGACCACGGGCAGUGCCGCAACAGCCCGGGUAGCUACACCUGCUCCUGCCCACAGGGCUUCACCUUCCGGCAGGACACAGAGACCUGUGAAGAUGUGAACGAGUGCGAAUCCUUCCCGGGCGAGUGUUGGAGCGGGCGCUGCAUCAACACCGAGGGCUCCUUCCUCUGCGAGUGCUCCCUGGGAUGGUCGCUGGACGCCUUGGGCCGCGGGUGUGUGGACGUGAGGCUGGAGCCCUGCUUCUUGCACCCGGGCGAGGGUGACUGCGGGGUCCCCCUGCCCGGCAAGUACCGGAAGGACGUCUGCUGCUGCUCCGUGGGAGCCGCGUGGGGAGCCGAGUGCGAGUCCUGCCCGGAGCCUGACAGCCCGGAGUUCCCCAGCCUGUGUCCCCGAGGGCGCGGCUUCUCCGGGCACGACCUCCUGUCAGGCCGACCCAUGUACCAAGAUGUGGACGAGUGCGGGGCGUUCCCAGGGCUCUGCGCCCGCGGCUCCUGCCGCAACACGGCCGGCGGCUUCGCCCUGGACGCCCGCGAGAGGAGCUGCAGGGACAUUGAUGAGUGUCGCAUCUCCCCCGACCUCUGCGGCCAGGGCACCUGCGUCAACACCCCGGGCAGCUUCCAGUGCAGGUGUUUCCGCGGCUACGCGAGCGGGCCCCUGCUGAUGAGGAGCUGCGUGGAUGUGGACGAGUGUGCAAGGGACCCACUACUGUGCAGGGGAGGCACCUGCACCAACACGGAUGGGAGCUACGAGUGCCAGUGUCCCCCCGGACACACGCUGACAGCCGAGGGCACUGCCUGUGAGGACGUGGACGAGUGCGCCCUGAGCAGCAGCCUGUGUCCCCACGGCCGCUGCAUCAACGUCGUGGGCGCCUUCCAGUGCUCCUGUGACGCCGGCUUCCGGGCCAGCCCUGACCGCCAGCGCUGCGUGGAUGCUGACGAGUGCGGAGUCCGGAACGGCGGCUGCGCGGUGCACUGCGUUAACACCGAGGGCAGCUUCCGGUGUGGCUGCGGCCAGGGCUACGCGCUGCUGCCCGACGGGAGGGCGUGCGCAGAUGUGGACGAGUGCAAAGAGAACCCGGACAUCUGUGGCCAGGGGCAGUGCGCCAACGUGCCGGGAGCCCACCGCUGCCUGUGCAACGAUGGCUUCACGGCCACACCGGACAUGAAGACGUGUGUUGAUGUGAAUGAGUGUGAUCUCAACCCCCACAUCUGUCUCCAUGGCAACUGUGAGAACACAGCCGGAUCCUUUGUCUGCCACUGCCAGCUGGGCUACAUCACCAGGAAGGGGGCCACGGGCUGCUCGGAUGUGGAUGAAUGUGAGCUUGGGGGACAUAACUGUGACGGCCACGCCUCCUGCCUCAAUGUCCCCGGCUCCUACCGCUGUGCCUGUCAGCAGGGGUUCACUGGAGACGGCUUCUCCUGCGAAGACAGGGACGAAUGCGCCGAGGACAUGGACCUCUGCGAGAACGGGCAGUGCCUCAAUGUCCCCGGCGGAUACCGCUGUGAAUGCGAGAUGGGCUUCGGCCCCACGGAAGACCACGGAGGAUGCCAGGAUGUGGAUGAGUGCGCCCUGGGAAACUUCUGCGCCUUUGGGAGCUGUGAGAACCUACCCGGCUUCUUCCGUUGCGCAUGCGCGGAUGGCUAUGCGCUGGACCGCGGUGGUGGCAACUGCACAGAUGUGAACGAGUGUGCAGACCCCGUGAACUGUAUCAACGGCCUCUGCGUCAACACCCCCGGGAGCUACCUGUGCCGCUGUCCCCGGGACUUCGAGCUGAACCCCAGCGGGGUGGGCUGCGUGGACCCCCGGGCUGGGAGCUGUUUCCUGGACACUCACGACCGCGGGGACGGCGGCCUCUCCUGUGGUGCCGAGGUCGGAGCUGGCGUCACCCGAGCCUCCUGCUGCUGCUCCUUGGGCCGGGCUUGGGGCAGCCCCUGCGAGCUGUGCCCCACGGCCAACUCCACCGAGUACAGAACUUUGUGCCCAGGCGGUGAGGGCUUCCGGCCCAACCUCCUCACUGUCAUCCUGGAAGAUAUUGAUGAGUGCCAGGAGCUGCCAGGGCUGUGCCAGGGAGGCAACUGUGUCAACACCUUUGGCAGCUUCCAGUGUGAGUGCCUGCCUGGAUACCACCUCCAUCAGGAAACCCGCCGCUGUGAGGAUAUCGAUGAAUGCUCCGGACACUCGGGCAUCUGUGGCCCUGGCACAUGCUACAACACCCUGGGAAACUACACCUGCGUGUGCCCGGCAGAGUACCUGCAGGUCAACGGUGGCAACAACUGCAUGGACAUGAGAAAGAGCAGCUGCUUCCGGCGCUAUAAUGGCACCUGUGGGAACGAGCUGGCCUUCACCGUGACCCGGAAGUUGUGCUGCUGCGCCUACAACGUUGGCCAGGCCUGGAAUAGGCCCUGCGAGGCCUGCCCCCGCCCCGCCAGCUCCGACUACCAGCUCCUGUGUGGGAAUCAAGUUCCGGGCUUCGCCGUCGACGUCCACACAGGGGCGCCCACGGACAUUGAUGAGUGCGGGGAGAUCCCAGGCCUGUGUACCCGUGGCGUCUGCAUCAACCAGAUUGGAAGCUUCCACUGUGAUUGCCCCUUGGGCUUUGAGUACGACAGUGCCCUGCUGGCCUGCAAAGGUCAGAACGAGUGUCAGGAGAUCCCCCAUGUCUGUAUCCAUGGCGACUGCGUGGACACAGAGGGCAGCUACAUCUGUCUGUGUCACCGCGGCUUCCGAGCCUCGACAGAUGGGACCCUCUGCGUGGACCUUGAUGAGUGCAAGCAGCAGCCGUGUGGAAACGGGACCUGCAGGAACACCGUGGGCUCCUACACCUGCCUCUGCUCCCCUGGCUUCACAGCGACACGCAGCGGGAACUGUGUUGACAUCGAUGAGUGUCGCACCAUGGCUGGGCAGGUGUGUCCAAUGGGACAGUGUCUCAAUACAGCUGGCUCCUUCCACUGUCUCUGCCAGGGUGGUUUUGAGCUUGCACCCGAUGGGAAGAACUGUGUGGACACAAACGAGUGUCUCACGCUCACGGGAACCUGCCUGCCAGGCACCUGCCAGAAUCUCCAGGGAUCCUUCCGCUGCAUCUGCCCCCCUGGCUUCCAGGUGCAGAGCAACCACUGCGUGGACAUCAACGAAUGCUUGGAGGAGCCCAACCUCUGCCUUUUUGGCACCUGUACCAACAGUCCCGGGAGCUUCCAGUGCCUCUGCCCGCUUGGCUUUAUCCUCUCUGACCAUAGGCACCGAUGCUUUGACACGCGGCAGAGCGUCUGCUUCACCCGCUUUGAGGCCGGGAAGUGCUCCGCGCCAAAAGCUCUCAACACCACCAAGACCCGGUGCUGCUGCAGCAGGAGCCCCGGGGAGGGCUGGGGCGAGCCCUGCGAGCUGUGUCCGCAGGAGGGCGGCGCUGCUUUCCAGGAGCUCUGCCCCUUUGGCUAUGGGGCGGUCCCAGGCCCCGGGGACGCUAGAGAAGAUGUGGACGAGUGCGCCGAGAACCCCGGCGUCUGCGGUCAUGGCCUCUGUGUCAACACCGAUGGCUCCUUCCGCUGCCAGUGUCCCUCGGGCUACAGCCUGGACCCCGCGGGGCUCGGCUGUGUGGACACAGAUGAGUGCUCCGCAGGGAAGCCUUGCGGGGAAGGCACGUGCACCAACGUCAUCGGGGGCUUCCAGUGCACCUGCGCCGUCGGCUUCGAGCCUGGCCCGGCUGCCACCUGCAAGGACAUCGACGAGUGCUCGCUGAACCCAUUACUCUGUGCCUUCCGCUGCCGCAACACGGAGGGCUCCUACCUGUGCACCUGCCCGGCUGGCUAUGCCCUGCGGGAGGAUGGGGCCACGUGCAGAGAUGUGGACGAGUGUGCAGACACCUCACAGGACUGCCAGGCCCGCGGCAUGCUGUGCAAGAACCUCAUUGGCACCUUUGAGUGCAUCUGCCCUGUGGGCAUGCGGCCCCAGCCCGGCUCUGGGGAGGGCUGCACAGAUGAGGACGAAUGCCAUACCCAGCCCAGCAUCUGCACCCACGGCCACUGUGUCAACACCGUGGGCAGCUUCAGGUGUGACUGUCACAAAGGCUUCCAGCCCAGUCCGACCCUCACUGAGUGCCUCGAUGUCCGGCAAGGGCUCUGCUUCUCCGAGGUGCUGCAGGCUGUGUGCCUGGCCCACUGGAGCAGCGGCGAGGCGGUGUCCAGGGCCAUGUGCUGCUGCGGGGGUGGCCGAGGCUGGGGCCCCAGCUGCGAGCUCUGCCCUCUGCCUAGCACCUCUGCCUACAAGAAGCUGUGUCCUCAUGGCUCAGGUUACUCUGCUGAGGGACGAGAUGUGGAUGAGUGCCGUGUGCUCGCACACCUGUGCACUCACGGUGAGUGUAUCAACAGCAUCGGCUCCUUCCACUGCCACUGCCAGGCCGGGUACAGGCCAGACACCACCGCCACUGCCUGCCUGGAUGUGGAUGAGUGCAGCCAGGACCCCAAGCCAUGUUCCUUCCACUGCAAAAACACCGAGGGCAGCUUCCUGUGCACCUGCCCCCGGGGCUACCUUCUGGAGGAAGACGGCCAGGCCUGCAGAGACCUGGACGAGUGCUCUACUCGGCAGCACAACUGCCAGUUCCUGUGCGUCAACACCGUGGGCGCCUUCACCUGCCGCUGUCCCCCUGGUUUCACUCAGCGCCAGCAGGCCUGCUUCGACAACAACGAGUGCUUGGCCCAGCCCAGCCCAUGUGGUACCCGUGGACGCUGCCUCAAUGCCCCAGGCAGCUUCCACUGUGAGUGCUACCAAGGCUUCACUCUGGACAGCUCAGGCCAUGGCUGCAAAGAUGUGGAUGAGUGUGAUGAACCCCACCGCUGCCGCCAUGGCUGUCAGAAUGAGGUGGGGGGCUACCGCUGCAGCUGUCCCCAGGGAUUCACCCAGCACUCCCAGUGGGCACAGUGUGUAGAUGAGAACGAGUGUGCUGUGUCACCCGCGGCUUGUGGCAGUGCCUCCUGCCACAACACCCUCGGUGGCUUCCACUGCGUCUGCCCCUCCGGCUUUGACUUUGAUGAGACCCUCGGGGGCUGCCAGGAUGUGGACGAGUGCGCUGGGCAGGGUAGCCCUUGCAGCUACAGCUGUGCCAACAUGGAGGGUGGCUUUCUAUGCGGCUGCCCCCAAGGCUACUUCCGGGCUGGGCAAGGGCACUGUGUCUCUGCCCUGGGCUUCAGCCCUGGACCCCAGGAAGCUCCAGAGGAGGAGCCACUCUCUCCAGAAGCCUGCUAUGAAUGCAAGAUCAAUGGCCUCACCCCUCGGGACCGGCCACCACGCAGUGUCCAUGAGGGCCACCAGUUGAGCAUGGCCACCCUUGACGCCGAAGUCCCCCUGACCUUGGGCCUGAAACUCUCCUGCCUGACCCAAGCCGAGCACAUCUUGGAGCUGCGCCCUGCUCUACAGGGGCAGGGAGUCAGAUAUGUCGUCGCCCGUGGCAACGGGCAAAGUUUCUUCCGCAUGGUGCACCGCAGCGGGCUCAGCUCCCUGCAACUGGGGCCGCGGAGGCCGGGGCCCGGAAAGUACCAGCUGGAGGUGGUGAGCGUGGCAGGGUCCCAGGGCAGUCCACACGGACCUCAGGGCCGGGCCUUGUGGCUGAAGGUGCAAUUGCAGCUCCUCUAGUAGGGAGGAGCCUCGAAGGGGCCCUAGCCUCCCUAUGGGGGGUUCUGGAACUAGGGGGACUGCUCCCCAGCAGCGAUGCGUGACCAGGUCAAACGCCGAAACUCAGGAAGAGCGGCACACCACACUCUGACCUCAGAUGACGAGCCCAGCCUGUGCCCACGCCCUCUGCGGCAGCCCAGGGAACUCAGCCACUGUCUUUCCUGGAGACACCCAGCUGCUGCCGGGUACCCCUCCCCACCAGGCCGUGAGGGUCCCCAGGGGCACAGCCUCUGGUCAAUCUCAGGCUUAAACUUCUGUACUGCACUGUGGCUCCCCGUGCCCUGCCAGGGACUGGCAGGACACUAGGACGGGUGGCUGGGGUGGGUGGUGGGCGAGGGGCUCCUCCCUCAGGGCAGAAAAGGGAACUCCAGUGUCCUUCUCUCCCAAAGGCAGUGAUUCCACUGCUCCCUGUUCGUCCCCCUGGGUCCUGGACCUGGGUCCCAAGGGUGCUUUUAUAUCUGAAGUGGAGACAAUGAUAAAAUUAUUUUGGGUUAAAUCAGUCUGUCUUUUGGCAAGUGUUCGAAUAAGAUACUGCCCUCAGGACUUCCUGCAUGGGGGGGGCAGCAUCCCAAGGGACCCGUUAGUUCCACCAAUGUCACCCCCAUACAUUUGGCACUCCCCCAGAGCCCGGCAAUGAAUGGCAGCGGCCGGGACAGCUCAUGGCCCCCACUCUAUGCACCAGACACCUCUUCGAAUACCUUGUAAUUGCGGACCUCUUCUAACAUCUCAUGAAACAGAUGUGUCUUUAUAUUCCCAUUUUACAGAGAGGGAAACUAAGACUCCAAGAGGUUAAGUAACUCCGCCAAGGAAGGUCAGGUCAAAUGGAAAGCCAGACAGCUGUGCCAGCAUGCUGAGUUUUUUGUUUUUUGUUUUUUGAGGCCUCAAACUACCUUGGCAUCCCUAAGAGACAGGGGGAUGUUUGAUUUUCCCCCAGGACAUUCUGUGAUGUACUGGGACUGAGGCUGACUCCUCUAGUACCUGAUCGAGGCCUCCAUUCCUAUCCCAGCACUUGGGAGGCUGAGGCAGGAGGAUUGCUGCAAGUUUGAGACCACCCAAGGCUACAAAGUGAGCUCAAAGCCACCUGAACUGUUUAGUGAGACCCUGCCUUAAGUAGUAAAAAAAAAGGGGGGGGCACCAUCCCUGCCUGGACACUGACUUACCUGUGGCCUCUGCGCAGCCAGGACAGCUUGUGGAGAGAGCAGUUUUCCAACUCUUAGCCAAGUGGACCCUCAGAGCCCCAGAAGCUGGGCAGGGCAAUGCAAUGAUGAUCCGUUGUAUAGAUAAACAGCUCCACAGAGACUUGCCCUGGGAAGCUGUGCAUUCUGAGGGCUGGGAACACAGAUCUGGGGGUGAGGGUGGAUCCCAUGGGUGCCCCAUAGUAAAACACGACAGGUGUGGAAACAAGAACCACCUCAAAAGUUUAAACAUUGUGGGCCAGGGCUGGGGGUUUAGCUCAGCGACAUAAGUGCCUGCUUGGCAACACAAAGUCAUGAGUUUGAUCCCCGGUACCAAAAUAAAAAUAAAAAAAAAGUAGCUCUCUU